AUGACACGCCAGCCUUGCAGAGUGUGCUGGAGAGUGACACCUUCCGAGAAGGGCUGCUGCAGCGGGAGCGGGAGCUCAGCGCCCAGACUAAUUGCCUUUCCCCCCAGAGCGGAGGGCCCGGAGGCUGCACAGCUUGCCGAGAUCUACGCCAAGCUUGAAGAGAUUGAGGCUGACAAAGCCCCCGCCAGGGCAUCCGUUAUUCUUGCUGGCCUUGGUUUUAAUGCGAAGAUGCAACAGCAGCCCACGCGGGAGUUCUCUGGUGGCUGGAGGAUGCGGCUGGCCCUGGCCAGGGCCCUCUUUGCCCGGCCAGAUCUGCUCCUCUUGGAUGAGCCCACCAACAUGUUGGACGUGCGUGCUAUCUUGUGGCUGGAGAAUUAUCUGCAGACUUGGCCCUCAACGAUCUUGGUUGUUUCCCAUGACCGAAACUUCUUGAAUGCGGUGGCCACAGACAUCAUUCACCUGCACAGCCAGCGGCUGGACGGUUACCGCGGCGACUUCGAGACCUUCGUCAAGAGCAAGCAGGAGCGGCUGAAGAGCCAGCAGCGCGAGUAUGAGGCCCAGCAGCAGUACCGCCAGCACAUCCAGGUUUUCAUCGACCGCUUUCGCUACAAUGCCAACAGAGCCUCCCAGGUGCAGAGUAAACUCAAAUUGCUGGAGAAGCUGCCGGAGCUGAAGCCUGUGGACAAGGAGGUGGAGGUGGUGAUGAAGUUUCCGGACGGGUUUGAAAAGUUCUCGCCCCCUGUUCUGCAACUCGAUGAAGUGGAUUUCUACUACGACCCUCAGCACCCCAUCUUCAGCCGGCUCUCCGUCUCGGCAGACCUCGAGUCUCGCAUCUGUGUGGUGGGGGAGAACGGAGCAGGGAAGUCAACCAUGCUUAAGCUGUUGAUGGGAGACCUGGCGCCCGUGCGGGGGAUCAGGCACGCCCACAGAAACCUGAAGAUCGGCUAUUUCAGCCAGCACCACGUGGAGCAGCUGGACCUGAACGUCAGCGCCGUGGAGCUGCUGGCUCGCAAGUUCCCUGGGCGACCCGAGGAGGAGUAUCGCCACCAGUUGGGACGCUACGGCAUCUCCGGGGAGCUGGCCAUCCGCCCUGUCGCAAGCCUGUCUGGAGGGCAGAAGAGCCGAGUGGCCUUCGCCCAGAUGACCAUGCCCUGCCCCAACUUCUACAUUCUGGACGAGCCAACGAAUCACCUGGACAUGGAGACGAUCGAGGCCUUAGGCCGAGCCCUCAACAGCUUCAGGGGCGGGGUGAUCCUUGUGUCCCACGACGAGCGGUUCAUCCGGCUGGUCUGCCAGGAGCUGUGGGUGUGUGAAGGCGGAGGUGUCACUCGGGUCGAGGGGGGCUUUGACCAGUAUCGGGACCUUCUCCAGGAGCAAUUCCGGCGGGAAGGUUUCCUCUAGGACCUUCCUGCUGGAAGCUGGGGCACAGAUCGGCCCCCACGGGCCCCCCAGACAGCAGACUUGCUUUUUAGGCCUGGGCCAUGGACUUACCCCAAACAUGGGGACAGCCUUAUUCCAACUUCUCUUCUUCACCCCUUGCCCCUUAAACAUCCUAGGGAGCUCCGUGGAAGGGGCUGCGAGGAUUGUUCUCCGUGGGGUGAAGGCUCCUGGGGCUAUAGCCCCCUUCUCUAUUUCUGCCUAGGUCCAGUGUGGCCAUCAUGUAAAUUAAACCUGCCCCCCUCUGUC